AAAUGCUUCCAAAUACUGCGUGGAAAUUGGAGACUAAAUAUCCAAGACGGGGGUUGGGACGUCUUCCCCUGAUCCAUGCUCUCUGUCUAACCUGCUGUUUGUCUUAUGCAUGACCUGCUUCCAGUGGCAUUAACGUCGAUGGAUCCGCACUUGCUUGCUGACACAGUCUCAGACGCCAACGCCACCUCUUCUCUCGUCUUGGCACGCGAACCACGUCAGGAAGUGUAGCUUAGCUGCUUGGAACUCAUGGAGAGGGCGGAAUCGUGGAUACCGUGGAUGCCACACAUGGUUUCCGGGGCGGCUUCUCGAGCGACGCGGGAGACCAGCGGGAGCACAACAGCUGUUGCGCAUCGAUGUGAAGCGCUGCGUACAAGGUAUUCGAGCAAAUGCCGCCAACGUCCUUGGUGUCAUCUUCCAACUCGGAAACCGAAGCACAUGGUGGGCUCAGCCAACGCCGGGCGCGACUUCGUCCUCUUUCCCCGUUUCGAGGUGACCCGAGACAGGUAAAAGAAGUAUUUGAUCAAAUAAGAUGGACGAUUGAGGUUAGGAGAAGUGACACGAAUGGUUUUGACCCUAAAACUAGGACGAAGGUUGACACACUUUGCUUCUCUAAUGGAAUGCUCGUGAAGGCCGUCAGGAAAUCGAAUCGGACCGGAUCUUAAAUGGAACCACAUUAAACCGGUUCAGCCGGCUCGCUUUCUUCGUUGCGCAACAAAUUAAUUAUAACUUUAAAAAAAACGAAAAUUGGAAUGUGUCCCCAUUUCAAGUAACUCGACGAAUCCUGUUCGUUGGAUCUCAUAAUCCCGCGAUCCCAAGCUUGCCUUCAUUCUCCUCUGCCCGCGGGGAUACACGUCCCUGCCACCGUCCCAUUAGGGUUUCUUUCCUGCUCGUAGUCUCAACUAUUGAUCGAUAAGUACGCCGGGGACCUCGCCAGUGCCGUGCCUGGAUCGGAUCCUGGAUGAUGUCGGCAGGCUUUCGGCAUAUGCGCCGUUGACGGCUCCGCGUUCCUCUUCGUCAAGGAUUUCUGCGUCUUCCGCAACGUCGAGCUCCUCGCUGGAUGCUGUCCGCACUCGCAUUGGCGUCAGAUUCGCCGUACGAGUUGGCAUCUUCUCCUUCGACUGAUCGGAUCUUUCAGCGCCCCUUAGGACCUCCGGAUGUCGGUGGUGAAUCCCGCUGCGGUGGUGCCAAGGGAUCCCGACAAUCGGUUACCGCUGUUGGAUUCAGGAGUUCCUUCAUGGUUCGGAGGAAAUCUUGGAAAGAAUCAGGAGGAUGAAACGAGUGAAUGUAGAGGCAGCAAAACGGAGAACUUGCUGAGUUCUCGAUUCACCACUGAGCCCUACAUCCGGAUAUAAAUGAAGUAUCAAUUCAGAUAUGGCUUCGUGGCAGGUCGUAAGAACUUCCAUUUGGUUUCUUCUGCUUCGGCUUUUAAGAGCACUUGAGCUUAGCCACUACCUUUUCGGCUUCAGUUGUCAGUGAGUGAGAAACUACUGUGUGGAUCGGCAAAUCCGUCCGGCAUCCAAAUACCCCGCAAUACAUAUUGGUUACUACGUAUGUGCUUCUAUCUACGGUGUCCACCCCCAAGGAAUAAUAAAUAAAUACUAUAUGAAGGGCAUCUCGAGUUCACAGGAUCUAUUCGUUCUCCGUUCCUCCUCAUCUAUAGCGGUGCCCUCUUUUUGCUCGCUUUCCUAGAACCAUCGAGGAGGCGACUGCGAGGGAACAGAGUGACUGAACUAAAAAAGCUCUCAGCGUAAGAGAGGGAGACUGUGCAUGAAGCGGUGCCAGCAGCCACAAAGGUUAUGCUUCUUCUUAAACGACUUGCAUGCGUUACUAGAACUGUAGUUUAGUGGAGCGGUUAGCAGUCGUUGCACUCUCAUGGAGCGUUGGAGGGAAGCAGAAGGUAAAACGCUCCACGAUCCCUUGUUCCAUCUCUGCCCCCCCCUUGCCUUCCAUCAACCGAGCGAUGGCUUCCAUGAGGUGGCGACCAGAGAUGAAGCCGAGCGCAGCAUCUGGGUUCCCGGGUCGAUCAUCGUUGGCGCUGGUCCGUCGGGUCUCGCGGUGGCCGCGUGCCUCGAGGCGAAGGGCGUCCCCAGCAUGAUCCUGGAGAGGUCCAACUGCAUCGCCUCUCUCUGGCAGCUCAAGACGUACGACCGCCUCCGUCUCCACCUGCCCAAGCGUUUCUGCCAGCUCCCCCUCGCCCCCUUCCCCGCCUGCUUCCCCACGUAUCCCACCAAGCAGCAGUUCGUGGCCUACCUCGAGGCCUACGCCCGGCGGUUCCACAUCCGCCCCUGCUUCAACCAGACGGUGGUGAGCGCCGAGUACGACGGCCGCGUCAAGCUAUGGCGAGUGCGGGCGGUCAGGGCCGGGAACGACAAGGCGGCGGAGUACGUCUCCCGGUGGCUGGUGGUCGCCACCGGGGAGAAUGCUGAGGCGGCCGUGCCCGACAUCGAUGGCAUGUCGAUAUUUAAGGGCCCCAUCAUCCACACCAGCUCGUACAAGAGCGGCGAUGAGUUCCAAGGCAAGCGGGUCCUCGUGAUCGGUUGCGGCAAUUCCGGCAUGGAGGUCUGCUUGGACCUCUGCAAUCACAGUGUCCGUCCUCGCAUCGUCGUAAGAGAAUCGGUGCACAUCCUGCCGAGGGAGAUGCUGGGGAGGUCCACCUUUGAUCUCUGCAUGUGGCUCCUAAAGUGGCUCCCCAUGCGCACCGUGGACCGCAUCCUCUUGCUCUUAUCCAGGGUCAUGCUGGGCGACAUCCAGCGAUACGGCCUCCGGCGGCCCCGGUUGGGUCCCCUCGAGCUCAAGUCGCUCUCCGGGAAGACACCGGUCCUCGAUGUCGGGGCCCUGGCCAAGAUCAAGUCUGGCGACAUCAAGGUUUGCCCCGCCGUAAAGCGACUGACAGGGCAUGGAGCAGAGUUCGUGGAUGGCAGGUCCGAAGACUUCGAUGCGAUUAUCCUAGCGACCGGCUACAAGAGCAACGUGGCGUCUUGGCUGAAGGAGCGGGAGUUCUUCUCGGAUAAGGAUGGGUUUCCGAGGAAGGUGUUUCCCGAUAGCUGGAAGGGAGAGCAGGGCCUGUACGCGGUGGGGUUCACGCGACAGGGCUUGAUGGGGGCUUCCGUGGACGCCAAGAGGAUAGCUCAUGACAUCAAACAGUGUUGGAUGGCCGAACCGAAGCAACGCAUGCUGCCAUCACAAACUUGAGCUCAAGAUUCUUCUUAUGUAAGAAGACGGGUCGUUUUGUCAUGUACAUAUCUGAUUCUGGUUGUGUUGACUGACAAGUGACAGGGAGAAUGAGAAAAAGAGGGAGACAGAGAUUGGAUUGCGAGUUUGUGUAGCGCUGAUGUGAAGUGCAUUUGAAGUUGAUUUCUUUGUUUCUUGUGAGUGAGUUCCUCUGCUACUGUUCCUUCUUACGAGUGCAGCAGCUAUUUCUCUAGCAUUUCUACAAACACUUCGAGUCAGCAACAUAUACUGUAUGCCAUAUAGCCUGCGCCUCUUUCUUCUUGUUGAAACAAAGGUAGGUAGAAUCCUGGAGAAGUGAAUGCUUCCUCGAACCCCACAUCCGAUCGAAUACCUUAAAAACAUAUUUAUAAUCGAAGAUAUAUUGCUUAUGUUGGCUACAUGAUUCAAUCCCAGAUGAGCAUUCAUGGCAGGACACGGGCAUCAUUUGCAGUGUCGGAUGAUCUGUCAGGCCUCGAUUCAUUCUUCUUUCACCGUCUCCAUCGAUCUAUUUGCCGGCGAACAGGAUACUCACACCGCUUCCUCCUAGCACUAACAUUUCCCAACAGGCGAGCACUCAAACUUUCUUCUCCGCUCUUCCUUCAAAAGCUCCACUGGGAUCGAGCUAAUUCCGGGCUGCUGCACUACGUGCCAUGUGCAUCGCAAGACGCAGAGCUCGUAAGAGACCAAGUCUUCGAGGCGCGUGGCUGGCUGGGAGUUAAACCCGCGCGCGGAGGCACAUGCAGCGGCCGGCCGACGCAUGUCCGCUGUCGCCAUGGGCGUGGGUGUGGAGGUGAGGCGGAGCUCGACCGCAUCGUGCCGAAAGCCUUGCGCUCCGGAAUCUCCGGGAUUCCGUUCGUGUGGUCGUGCUUAGCAUGCGAGACGAUCAAAUCGCCAGGAAACACAUUUAUAUAUUUGUAUUUCU